AUGCCGCCCAACAAACGCAAGAGAGAUCUCCUGGACUUCGAUCCUAACAAGUCUGAUUCCGAGGACGAGAACUUUCAGCCCGACGUAGACCGCCCAACCCGUUCGCGCAAGAAGUCGCGCCCUUCCAAGUCCAACAGGGGACCUCGCCGCGCCAGAAAGAACAGGUAUGGCGGCUCAGAUAUCGAAGACGAAGACGGCCUAUCCGAGAGCGCCGAGGAGGACUCUUUCGGGGAGCCUGACCAUGAUGACGAUGACGAAGACGAAGACGAUGAAGUGCUGCCCGUCAAUGAGAAUACCGGGCGGCGCAUGAGGAAAGCUGCGGUAAAACAGCAGAACUACGCAGAAAGCUCCGAGGAUAGCGAUGCAUCCGAUGUGAAAGAAGAGCUCGUUGGGGAGACGCCAAAAAAGCUAACGCCGAAACCCACUAAGAUAGUGCUAUUAAAGGUACGGCCAGGUUCCAUGCGGAAAACUCGCGCCAACUCAACAACUGCUACGACCACGACGACCCGAAGAGCCACCCGCGCACAAACUACAGAUGCCGAUGAAGAACUCGUCGAGCUUUCAAAUUCUGGAAAACACGUCUUGCCUGCGCGCGCUCGGGGCUCCAAGAGUCUGAGCCCUGAAACUGCCGCACGAAACAGCCGGUCCACGCGAGGAGGAAAGGGCGUCAUGAGAUCACCUAUACCGCCAAUUGUCGAAGAGUUGACACAAGAAAGUAGUCCCAGUAAGACUGCGGCUACUGGAGCUGAAGAUGACUUUAUGGAUGAGGAUGCUGAAGCAUCUGCAGCACAGCGUGAGUCCGACGUUGAGAGAGACGUGAAAGAGGAGGACCAGCCUAUCCAGACGGUAGAACCAGAUGAGGCCGGCGACGACGGCGACGACGACGACGAUGAUGAUGACGACGUACCUGUCACGCGUCGAACUAGGGGUAACCGUCAGGUUGUUUCUGGUGAUGCUGAAGAGGAGCCCGCCGAUGAGGAACCUGUCGCUACUCGUAGUCGGCGCUUAGCCCGAAAAUCGCGUUCGAGAAAACCCCUCGAGGAGCCUGGUAGCGAUUUUGAACCUGGGAACGACUCUGGGGACGAAAACGAUUCCGCUUCAGAAAAAGCCAACGAUGUGGCCGGCGAUGAGCACGAUUCUACCCCAUCCCGUGGUCGCAAGGGUACCAGAGGCCAGGGCCGAUCCGCAAGAACAUCUCGUCAUGGCAACGACUCUGGCGACGAAGAGGUGGAGCUUGAUCGAGAUGAGAUGGCUGAAGAGCUCGAGGAUCUCCGGGGCAGCUCCCAGGAGCGACGUGCUCGCCGCCGCCGCCGACGUUCGCCUUCUGUACGAGCCGAGAGUGUAAGAGGCAAGCGGAAGCGCAAUAAUGUGAACUAUAGUAUACCGGCAUUGAACCAAUUCGCGGCCGAGGAAGAUGAGGCACCUGCGCCGGCACCAAGUCCAGCACGCCGUGGUCGACGUGGUGGUGGUGGUGCGGGAUGGGAUCGCACUUUGCACACGAUCGCUGGUCCAUUCGGUGGAGUUAAUCUCGCCGGGCCGGGUGCUCUCUUCAGUGGCCCGUGGGGUACGGGUGCCACUGCCACGGGGGGCGUGGACUCGGAUAGCAGCGACGAUGAGAUGGGCGGACGGUCAGGAAUUCCUGGAGAUGUUGGCAAGACACCCACUUCGGCGGGGCCUCCAGGAUUCUUGAGCGGACCCGGGCAAGCACUAAACCUGGACGGCCCCAGCAACGCUCUCACGGCUGCUCCCAACGUUGGCAAGGUUAAAAACCAAAAGGCAUAUGCCGAUGCAGACCCCCUCGGAGUCGACCUCAAUGUCGACUUCAGCAAAGUCGGUGGUCUCGAAGGUCACAUCGACCAGCUCAAGGAGAUGGUCCAGCUUCCUCUCCUGUACCCUGAGCUCUUCAUGAAGUUCCAUGUCACUCCUCCCCGAGGUGUCCUGUUUCACGGUCCACCCGGUACCGGUAAGACCCUCCUUGCACGAGCUCUGGCAAAUUCGGUGGGCAUUGGAGGAAAGAAGAUCACCUUUUAUAUGCGCAAGGGUGCAGACGCCCUCAGCAAAUGGGUUGGUGAGGCCGAAAAGCAGCUUCGGCUGUUGUUCGAAGAAGCCAGAAAGACACAGCCUAGCAUCAUCUUCUUCGACGAAAUUGAUGGACUCGCACCUGUUCGGUCUAGUAAGCAAGAACAGAUUCACGCCUCCAUCGUGUCAACACUACUUGCUCUUAUGGAUGGUAUGGAUGGCCGCGGUCAAGUCAUUGUUAUCGGCGCCACCAAUCGCCCAGACAACAUCGACCCUGCUCUGCGGCGCCCUGGUCGUUUUGACCGCGAGUUCUAUUUCCCGCUGCCUGACAUUGACGCCAGGAAAGCCAUCAUUGAUAUCCACACUCAAGAUUGGGGUAUCUCUGACGACUUCAAGCGGUCCCUCGCUCGUGAUGCAAAAGGUUAUGGAGGUGCAGAUCUGAGAGCAUUAUGCACGGAAGCUGCCAUGAAUGCGAUCCAGCGAACUUAUCCUCAGAUCUAUUCCUCAAAGGACAAAUUGAUUGUUAAUCCAGAAAAGAUUAACAUUGCCAUGACCGAUUUUGUCCUUUCAAAGAAGAAGAUUAUACCGUCUUCAGAGCGAGCAACGACCUCCGGGGCGGCAUCACUUCCCAAGCCAAUCGUGCCCCUAUUGCAAACCCAACUAGAACACGUACAGGCUAUAUUGGAUGAUAUCCUCCCCCGAAAGAAAAAGGUCACGGCGCUCGAAGAGGCCAUGUUUGAGCCUUAUGCUGACGAAGAUUUUGGGUUCGCCCGAGAAGCAUUGAAUGAAGAAUUCGAGAGGUCGCGUGUCUUCAGACCGCGACUUCUGGUUUGCGGCUUGCCGGGCAUGGGUCACACCUAUCUGGCUGCAGCAGUCUUGCAUUAUCUAGAAGGUGUUCAUGUCCAGAACUUUGACCUUCCCACAAUCCUUGGUGAUCCGCGGUCUGCUGAACAAGUCAUGGUCGGCCUCUUCAAUGAAGUCCGGCGCCAUAAACCCAGUGUAAUAUUCAUUCCGAACGUUGAUACAUGGUACACCACGCUUGAGGGUCCAGCCCUUACAGCAUUUCUCAGCAUGCUGCGGUCAAUUCCUCCGACAGACCCUAUUUUGGUUCUCGGUACAGCUGAGGUCGAGUCGCAUCACCUUUCGUCUGAUCUCAAGAGAGAUCUAUUUGGAUUUUCUAAGAAGAACAGCAUUGAAAUUGCUCAGCCGACUAAGGAUAACCGUCGCGAGUUCUUCUCCGCCAUCAUUUCCAAUAUCAGCAGAUUUCCAAGCCAAUUUCCUGAUCCCGCGAACCGUAAAAAGAGAGUUCUGGAGCAGCUUCAGAUCGCCCCCCCUCCACCUCCCAAGAUUCCCUCGAGAGAGGAAGAAAAGGCAGAGUGGCUAAGAUACCGUCAACUUCUCAACCUGCUGAAGGUCCAUAUUCAGCCCAUCAUGGAGCAGAUCAACAGGAAGUACAAGAUCUUCCGGCAAGCACCAAUUCCUCACUCACACUACCAAUAUCUAUUCGAUGAGCAGGACCCGAACUAUGUCCGCCCGGACAUUGAAGGCGCUGUACCUAGACCUUACGAGAUUGCCAAGGACAAAGAAGGCAUACAAGGACUUCGCCAGACUGAGACUGGAAGGUUCUUUUACAAUAUUGACGUGCAAACUAUUGAGGAAAGAUUAGCCAAUGGUUACUACACCAAACCCUCCGAAUUUUUGCGCGAUAUUGUGGCUUUGGAGAAAGAUGCUAAAGCUAGCGGAGACAGAGUCAGGAUCCUGAAGGCCAGCGAGCUGUUGACCAAUGUGGAGGUCGACGUAAGUGACAUCGAGAAGAUUCGAUUACCUAAUGUGCCCUGGGAGGAGCUUUACGAGAACGAGAAGCGCCGGCGAGCCGCAAAGGCUGAGAGAGCGCGCAAGAAGAAAGCCAUGCAAUCCGUCAUCGACUUGGCCACUUCGGAUGCCGGUGUUGUUAAUGCAGGAGACAACGGCCAACCCCCAAAACUGCACACGACGGAGGCACGUUUCCAGGUGAUGAGCCCCUUGUCAAAUGGUCUUGGCGUAAGCUCGGAGUCUCACAAUCAGUCCAACGGCACGUCUUUCCCAUCAAGGCCGCUAGGCGAUGAUGUGCAGAUGGCUGAUGUCGAUACGCAACCUGGCAACUAUGGCACCCCCAUGCAACCUCCUGCUUCACAAUGGCCUCGCAUGGCGCCUCAACCAUUGAAUCUUUCGACAAGAGCGACGCCCGGUGGGACAACUCAGAUAUCCCAAAUAUCUGCUGUACAAUCCUUGCCUGCUGGCGUUUCCCCGACAGCUCUUGCGAACGAUGCAUCAACAACCAAGACGUCAGACCCUUCCACUAGAUCAUCAAACUGGAGCACGCAGGUUGCGAAUGGUGCGCAUCACGAACAGCUGAGCCAAGAGGCCCUCCCGGACACCCAGCCCUACCAGAGUCAGACGAACCAGAGUCAGACGACAUCGAGUGAUGAGCAGCAGUGGCCUCACUCUCAAGCACACGGUCUUGCACGAGGCGUCAUUCAAGCACCCCGAUAUUCCACGAGUUCCCAUAACACGUCGUCAGGUGCAACCAGGUCAUCAAAUGCUGCUAGCGUUGCCAAUCUUCUUAAUGACCCAUCUCCUGAAGAGCAGUCUCAAUCACAAAGGCACUCUGGUCAUUCUGGCCAUUCUGUCGGUUCCCAGCAACAGGUCGAGAUGGACGAAACUUCAGGCGGGCUUUUCCUGGAUGAGUUGACGCAACGCACGUCCGGCUGCACUAUCGAGCAGCUUGAACAACUUACACGUGAGAUGAUGGCCGAAAUCUGGCGGACCAAGGGCGAGCACAAUCGCAUGAAGGUGCUCAAUACAAUUACUCGCGUCUUCAAUAACGCUAUUGACGAUAUAGAGACGAUGCAGAAUGUAUUUCAGCUCAGCCAGUAG